CUUCCGACUCCAGCGCCUGGACUCACGCUACAAAGCGUUGGCGCUUUCAUUGGGGUGAUUAUGGGACGUUUGCUCCUGAGUGCGCCACAGCGCAUGCCCAGUCUUCGGGUCACGUGAUGCCUGUCAUGGCUGCCUCCGUGGCCCGUGGCGCCGCGAAUGCCGGGUUCUUGCUACGGGUGGCCUGGGGCACCUGGUGGAGCCGACCUGGUGGCUGUUGGGGAUCCGGGGAGGCGGCGGCGCCAGCGAAAGCCAGGAAAUUCCGGGCGACAGGCUCGCGCCCGGCGUGGGAGGAAGAAGCCAGCGGCCCCGAGCGGCCCGGGGACGUGGUGAAUGUGGUGUUCGUAGACCGGUCAGGCCAACGGAUUCCUGUGAGCGGCAGAGUCGGGGACAAUGUUCUCCACCUGGCCCAGCGCCAUGGAGUGGACCUGGAAGGGGCCUGUGAAGCCUCUCUGGCGUGUUCCACCUGCCACGUGUACGUGAGCGAGGACCACCUGGACCUUCUGCCCCCUCCUGAUGAGAGGGAGGAUGACAUGCUGGACAUGGCCCCCCUUCUCCAGGAGAACUCCCGUCUGGGCUGCCAGAUCAUAUUGACGCCGGAACUUGAAGGGGCUGAAUUCACCCUGCCCAAGAUCACCAGGAACUUCUACGUGGAUGGCCAUGUCCCCAAGCCCCACUGACAUGGGCAGCUGGACUAUCCCAUACACCCAUGGCCUCAGGGCCAGGACUGGAGGAACAGCCAAGUUGCCAAACCGGCCCAGAGCACAGACAGGCCUGAGAGAUGUUGGAAGCACCCAGGAGGCCAGAGAGAUCCGACGUUCAGGCUCUGGUGGAAACAGGGCCCCCUGUUGGGGUGGCCUCCCCAAGCCCCUGAGAAUGGGGGUAUGGAUAGGGGUGGAAUCUAAUUAGUGACAAUAAAACAGUCUCACAGAA